AUGAGUCGAAGGAGUCCAAAGCUCGAGCUGAAGCUGAAUCUUUCGCCGCCUACGACAAGCCAGGGAAGGAUGGUUCGAUCUCCAAGCCGGUCUGCAACGACUUCACCAAUCUCACCAAUAAGCUCGUGCGUUUCGUCGGAGAUGAACCAAGACGAGCCAUCUGUGAGAUACUCAACAAGUCCAGAGACAACCUCGAUGGUUCUUGUCGGAUGUCCUCGUUGUCUCAUGUACGUUAUGCUCUCAGAAGACGACCCUAAAUGUCCAAAAUGCAAAAGCACCGUACUUCUUGAUUUCAACCAUGAAAACGCUUCAAACGCAAACGCAAACGCUCCACCCGCAGCUUCCUCUGGUCGCAAGACUCGAAGGAACUGA